CGCCGGAGCCGCGGGGCCCCUGCGGCUACCGCCGUGGAUCGCUGUGCGCGGCGGCGCCGCGCGCCGCGGGGCGCUGCCUGGCAAGGCCGCGCCCGAGAGCGGCGGGGGCUGCGCGCCCCCAGCGGCGCAGGAGACGGGGGCUCCGCCGAUGGCGUGCGGCACGAGGAGCCCGAGCACCUGGCGUCGGAGUCGCCCAUGAGCAGGGUUCGUGAGGCCUUCGAGUGGCCCUCAGCAGAGUGCGACGCAUCCCCUCAGAAGGGAAGCACUCACAGCCGACUCCGAAAAGACUUGAUCAACUUGAACAAGGCGGUGAUCAAGUGGCUGGCCCACGAAGAGAUCGGUGUGCUGACGCGGGCCAAGCUGAGGGAACGAAUCCGAACCUCCACAGCGGCACGGUCACUGUGCGAAGCGCACGGGGACCGCUUUCGGAGAGGAGAGUUUGAAUGCCUCGCCCUGGACCGGGCGAUCGCGGCUCGAAUGAAGAGCAGCUUAGCACAGUCUUAAGACCGUCAGGAGAGCUCUCGUCUCGUAGAUCCGCAGUGCUGCCACCGCAGGCACGCUUCUCGGGGCAUCAUGCUCAUUUGAGCGACGCAGAAGAACGGGGUCGUCUUCACUGACAAUUCUGCGUACGCUUCCCGCGUCGGGCCGCGCGGAAACCUUCCUCGUUUCCAGUGUGGAGUGCCGCGCUGGCGGCCCGCGAAUGCCUCCACGUAAGGUCGCUAUGUCUCACCGCCCGUACCCCCCCCGAACCCGAAAUUCGGGCGAAGUUCGGGUCUUCGGAUUGGGUUGGGGUGGUUUGGUAGGUAGUCAAUGUCAUCUCGCGAAAGACCCCUGUCUUUUCGUCGCUCGCUUGAAUCUCAUCGCGGUGGCCUGUGCAGAGGAUCAAAGGGUGUGGUGCUCCGCGCCUCGUUCGUCCCGCCGCAGCGAACGAGCCGCGCAGGGCCGGGUGAGCGAUUGGGUGACCGCACCCGCGCCACCUCUUCGCUUAGAUGAGCUUCAAGCCGCUGGGGGCGUUUUUCAAGUUGACAACGGGAAAGGAACAACACCCCCAGCGUUUUAGAACAUCAACUCAGCCCCUGUGCCCUUGGCAGCGCUCAGGCGCAUGGCGACGGCCGCUGUACAGUGAGCGGAGCACCGGGGCAAGAUGCCAAGGCACAGAGCGCGUGGCGUCUUGGACCGUGUGACUGCAGCGCGGAGGGCAGACUUCGAGAUGCCUGCGGCGACUGCCGCCAUGCAGCACCCGUUGUUGUGAACUGCCCAGAAGGCUGCAGCACAUGACAGCUGAGAUCCCUAAAGCUCUCGAAGGCUACAUGGUGCGACACCUCUCAUCCAUGGGGCUCCCUCUCCCCUGGCUAUACAAGUGUAGUUUGAUGGCAGGGUUGGCUUUCUCUUGAAAGCUUGAUUGGGCCCGACGUCUUAGUGCAUGACACUCCACUGCGUGCCAGGGGCAUGGCUGAGGAUUAUUCUUGCAACGUGUUCAGUGGGUCUGAAGACCUUCACGUUUGCAUAUCCUGGAGCUUUGGCAGGCUUCCUCCAGCCGUACAGCUCUACAUUCAGGUCGUCACGCACUGCGCAUGGCGGCGUCUCGUGUACAGAAUCGCAGGUGCAAUGCUGCACUUCUCGACCGUCCUGUCGUAGCGCGUGAGUUGCUCUGGGCUGGGUGAGUGAUUGGGUAACCGCACCCGCGCUACCCUGGUGUCCUGAGCAGCACUCGUGUGCAUCGCGACUGUCGGUGUAUAGAGAGUUAGUGGAGCAUGUUCACGGUACCUUCCUCAGUGUUUGGGUCGGAACAACCGUGCUCAUACACGCUGCGCGUGCAGCGCUUGAUCUUCGAUAGCGAACGCUCAUGCGUGCAGAGUACCAUCAUGCGUUGCACAGGUGUUGAUGCCACACGGACGCUGAUCUCAAUCCGUCCGUGCACGCCCAACCUCGGCAUGUGCCAGGCAGGUCGCAUAUGCUACGUGGGAGA